GCUUGGGUCAUGCUCUGGCGGGCUUACCAAGGAAUGCUGACCAGCUACGACGGUUCCUGCGACAGGCAGCUGUGGAGCAGAUCGAAGCAACAGCGACAGCAGCUGGCCCAGAACUGAAGGAGUCGUCGGAGCAAGAUGAUGAGGAUGCCUUAGCAAACUACUCGCAGAUCUUCACCGGUCUGCAGUGCUUCGAAUUCUUUGCUGGCGCCAAACCGGCUCUUGCAGAGGCGCGAAUGAUGACGUCCUUGAUAGAUGCUGUGUCACCACACCUUCGCGGCAGAGCCUAUGGAAAGCGCCGGGACAGCGGGUUCUCGGCAGAAGUUGCGGAUGUUCUGGUGGGAGAGGGAGGAUCGCGCUCGGUUCUGACUCUUAAAGCUUCAGGGCUUCGGUUUGAG